AAUGGACAUGUUACUAUGAGGGAAACUCGGAAACUUAAGACAAAUAAGAAGGGCUUGUUCUUUCUUCACGUCGUUUUGUGUUGCUUGCUCAUUGGUUUCAGUGAGCUCAACACACCCCGAAGACUUUGAAUGCGAAAAAACCAUGCCUCUUUGGUGACUUUAGACACACUGCAUUUUUUAUUCUUCAUCAUCGAGGGACCAACGACAAGUUUCAAACUUUCAAUCCUUUACCCUUAUUUUUUCUUUCACUACCAUUUUUCAUCAUGGAAUCGUGGCUAUAACGCCACCAAUUUCAGUUUCCCUUCACAUUUAUUUCUCUUUCUCCUUUCUUUAUUUUUCGGAGUUUUUAAUUUGAGGAAUUGAAAAUUGGGGUUAAAAUUGAUUGAUGGGUCUCGUGUGGAAUCAACGAGGCUCGAGAACAGAGACGACGCAAGAAGGUUUACCCAUUAACGUUUCGAGUGGUGUAGCGGUUCCCAAGAAGAAAUGGUCCAAUCUAAUGCCUCUGUUUGUGGCCCUUGUGGUGAUUGCGGAGAUCGCGUUUCUGGGUAGGUUGGAUAUGGCGAAAAACGCAGCCAUGGUUGACACUCUCGCUGACUUUUUCUACCGGUCUCGCGUGGUGGUUGAAGGUGAUGAUUUGAGGGUGGGUGGUCAUAGGAAUUCCGACUCAGAAAGUUGUGAGGAAUGGUUGGAGAGAGAAGAUGCCGUUACAUAUUCAAGGGACUUUAACAAAGAACCUGUUUUUGUUGCUGGAGCUGACCAGGAGUGGAAGAUGUGUUCAGUAGGAUGUAAAUUUGGGUUUAAUGGGGAUAAGGGACCUGAUGCUGCAUUUGGAUUACCUCAACCGACUGGAACUGCUAGUGUUCUGCGGUCAAUGGAAUCAGCACAAUACUAUGCAGAGAACAAUAUUGCCAUGGCAAGACGGAAGGGAUAUAAAAUUGUAAUGACGACUAGUCUAUCAUCUGAUGUUCCUGUUGGAUAUUUUUCAUGGGCUGAGUAUGAUAUCAUGGCACCUAUAAAGCCAAAAACUGAAAGUGCUCUUGCAGCUGCAUUCAUUUCCAAUUGUGGUGCUCGAAAUUUCCGGUUGCAAGCUCUUGAAGCUCUUGAAAGGUCAAACAUCAAGAUUGACUCCUACGGUGGUUGUCAUAGGAACCAUGAUGGAAGAGUGGACAAAGUGGAAACCCUGAAGCUCUACAAAUUUAGCUUAGCAUUUGAAAAUUCUAAUGAGGAAGAUUAUGUAACUGAAAAAUUCUUCCAAUCCCUUGUUGCUGGAACUGUUCCUGUGGUUGUUGGUGCUCCAAAUAUUGAGGAUUUUGCUCCUUGUCCUGGUUCAAUUUUACAUAUUAACGAGCUAGAGGAUGUUGAGUCCAUUGCAAAGUCCAUGAGAUACCUAGCAGAAAAUCCUGAAGCAUAUAAUCAUUCAUUGAGGUGGAAGUAUGAGGGCCCAUCUGAUUCCUUCAAGGCCCUUGUGGAUAUGGCAGCUGUACAUUCAUCCUGCCGCCUUUGCAUUCACUUGGCGACUGUAAUUAGAGAGGAGGAGGAAAAGGGCCCAGACUUCAAGAAACGACCUUGCCAGUGCACUAGAGGAUCAGAAACUGUAUAUCAUAUUUCUGUGAGAGAAAGGGGAAGGUUUGACCUGGAGUCCAUUUACUUGAGGUCUAGCGAUUUAACACUUGAGGCCUUGAAAUCUGCUGUUCUUUUGAAGUUCACAUCCAUGAAUCAUGUACCUGUAUGGAAGCCAGAAAGACCUGAAAUUCUUAGAGGGGGCAAUGAUUUAAAAAUAUACAGAAUAUACCCACUUGGCUUGACACAGAGGCAAGCUCUUUAUACCUUCAGCUUCACAGGGGAUGCUGAUUUCAGGACUCACUUGGAAAGCAAUCCUUGUGCCAAGUUUGAAGUCAUUUUUGUGUAGUAUGUGCUAAUGGCCUCUUUGCUUUACACAAAUAGCUUCAUUUAACUGAGCGCUAGAGGUUUAGGAAUGAGUAUGGCAAUGGAAUUUGCAUGGCUUUAUUAAUGCCUUGCCUCUUUCUUAGGCCUACUCAUUGAUAAUUUAUAUUCAGAAGAUGUUACAUUAAAUUAAUCCUGUUUAUGCUCGAGAACUGAAAAUCACUAUUUAGUAUUUAGUUACUUGUAGUGUUUUUAUUUGAUCAUUUAUAAACAGUCAUAUGAUGGACAGCAUGACCCAGUCCUUGUAUAUUGUGCGUGAAAAUUUAAUAGAAUCACCGGAUCACCCUGGAAUG